CGCCGCCGCCGCCAGAGGAGCAGCAGCGCUUGUGCAAACCGGGAAGAUGGCGGCCGGCGGCGGCGGAGGCAGCAGUAAGGCCUCCUCCUCGUCGGCCUCUUCGGCAGGGGCUCUGGAGUCCUCGUUGGAUCGAAAGUUCCAGUCGGUAACCAACACCAUGGAAUCUAUUCAAGGCCUGUCGUCUUGGUGCAUAGAGAACAAGAAACACCACACCACUAUCGUCUACCAUUGGAUGAAGUGGCUCCGGAGAUCUGCCUAUCCCCACCGUUUGAAUCUCUUUUACCUUGCCAAUGAUGUCAUCCAGAAUUGUAAAAGGAAAAACGCAAUCAUAUUCCGUGAAUCAUUUGCUGAUGUACUUCCUGAAGCAGCUGCUCUAGUGAAGGAUCCAUCUGUCUCUAAAUCUGUAGAACGAAUCUUUAAAAUCUGGGAGGACAGAAAUGUUUACCCAGAAGAAAUGAUUAUGGCAUUAAGAGAAGCUUUGAGUACCACUUUCAAAACUCAGAAGCAGCUGAAAGAAAAUCUGAACAAACAACCGAAUAAGCAGUGGAAGAAAUCACAAACAUCCACGAAUCCAAAAGCUGCUCUCAAAUCUAAGAUAGUUGCUGAAUUUCGAUCUCAGGCCCUCAUUGAAGAGCUGUUGCUAUACAAGCGCUCAGAAGAUCAGAUAGAAUUGAAGGAAAAACAGCUGUCAACUAUGCGGGUGGAUGUGUGUAGCACAGAAACUCUCAAAUGCUUAAAAGAUAAGACCGGUGGGAAGAAGUUCUCCAAAGAAUUUGAGGAGGCAAGCGCCAAGCUGGAGGAAUUUGUGAAUGGAUUAGAUAAGCAGGUGAAAAAUGGGCCCUCACUAACAGAAGCACUGGAAAAUGCUGGAAUUUUCUAUGAAGCACAAUACAAAGAAGUAAAAGUGGUGGCCAAUGCAUACAAAACCUUUGCUAAUCGAGUGAACAAUUUAAAGAAAAAGCUGGAUCAAUUGAAAUCAACCCUUCCUGAUCCAGAAGAAUCACCAGUUCCUUCCCCAAGUAUGGAUGCCCCCUCCCCGACUGGUUCUGAGUCUCCUUUUCAAGGAAUGGGAGGUGAGGAAUCCCAGUCACCAACUGUGGAGAGUGAGAAAUCUGCCACACCUGAGCCUGCAACAGAUAAUCGUGAUGUGGAAGACAUGGAACUCUCAGAUGUAGAAGAUGAUGGGUCAAAAAUUAUUGGUAUGUCCUUAUUCAGCCACAGAAAAAUUUUGAGUGGAAAGUAUCAUGGAUUUAAAAGUCAUUUUGAGUUGCAUUUGCUUGAGUCAAUCUUUCUGCCACCAGGGGUCAGUCCUGCAUCAAGACCGUCUCCAGGAACGCCUACAAGCCCUGGCAACCUCUCCAGUGGCCUGAAAACACCUGCACCUGCCCCGACAGCAUCUCACAACCCUCUGGCCAAUAUCCUCUCGAAAGUGGACAUCACCCCGGAGAGCAUUCUGUCUGCUCUUUCCAAAACCCAGACCCAGUCAGCCCCUGCCUUGCAAGGCCUGUCGUCUUUACUUCAGAGCGUUACUGGGAACCCAGCUCCAGCCAGUGAAACUGCAUCCCAGAGCACUUCAGCUUCCCCUGCCAACACCACUACAGUCUCUAACAUAAAAGGAAGAAAUCUACCCUCCAAUACCCAAUCCUUUAUUCCCAAAAGCUUCAACUAUUCUCCUAAUUCAUCGACAUCUGAAGUCUCUUCAACUUCAGUCAGCAAGGCCUCACUUGGGCAAAGCCCAGGGCUUCCAAGCACUACGUUCAAGCUGCCGGGCACCUCUCUGGGGUUCACAGGCACCCACAAUACCAGCCCUGCUGCCCCACCUCCUGAAGUUGCCAUGUGCCAAUCUUCAGAGAGCUCCAAGCCAAAGCUGGAGUCCGAGUCCACCUCCCCAAGCCUGGAAAUGAAAAUCCAUAACUUCUUAAAAGGUAAUCCUGGUUUCAGUGGCUUAAACUUAAACAUCCCAAUCCUGAGCAGUUUGGGGUCCAGUGCCCCAGCAGAAAGCCAUCCCUCAGACUUCCAGCGUGGCCCUACUAGCACUUCAGUUGACAACAUUGAUGGAACCCCUGUGCGGGAUGAACGCAGUGGGACGCCCACCCAGGAUGAGAUGAUGGACAAGCCCACAUCCAGCAGUGUAGACACCAUGUCCUUGCUUUCUAAGAUCAUUAGCCCUGGUUCUUCAACACCCAGCAGUACAAGAUCACCACCCCCCGGGCGAGAGGAAAGCUACCCCAGGGAGCUCUCCAAUUCUGUGCCUACAUUUCGACCCUUUGGCCUGGCCAGUGAAUCAUCCUAUAAGCAGUCUUCUGAUGGAAUGGAGAGGCCAUCUUCCCUGAUGGACUCUUCACAGGAGAAGUUCUAUCCCGAUACUUCUUUCCAGGAAGACGAGGAUUACCGAGAUUUUGAGUAUUCAGGGCCUCCACCCUCUGCCAUGAUGAACCUAGAGAAGAAACCAGCCAAGUCUAUCCUGAAAUCCAGCAAGCUCUCUGAGAACACCGACUACCAGCCAAUCCUGUCCAGUUACAGCCACAGGGCCCAAGAAUUUGGGGUAAAGUCUGCCUUCCCUCCAUCUGUAAGGGCCCUCCUGGACUCUAGUGAGAACUGUGACCUUCUCUCACCUUCCCCUGGGCUGUUUGGUGCCUUCAGCAUAAGAGGGAAUGAAUCUGGGUCUAACCGGUCACCGUCACCGAGUAAGAAUGAUUCAUUUUUCACCCCUGACUCCAACCACAAUAGCUUGUCUCAAUCUACCACUGGGCAUCUCACUUUGCCACAGAAGCAGUACCCAGACUCUCCUCACCCAGUCCCACAUCGUUCCCUUUUCUCUCCGCAGAAUACCCUUGCUGCUCCCACGGGCCAUCCACCCACAUCAGGCGUGGAGAAAGUCCUGGCCUCCACCAUUUCCACCACGUCGACGAUUGAGUUUAAGAAUAUGCUUAAAAACGCCUCACGAAAGCCCUCAGAUGAUAAGCAUUUUGUCCAGGCCCCCAGCAAGGGCACUUCAAAUGAAGGUGUCAGUCUCUCAAACCUCACCCAGCCCAGCUUGACCACCACUGAGCAGCAGCAGCAAGAAGAGCACUACCACCGCAUAGAAACCCGAGUCUCCUCCUCCUGCUUAGACUUACCUGACAGCACUGAAGAAAAGGGGGCCCCUAUAGAAACCUUGGGCUACCACAAUGCAUCCAACAGGAGGGUGUCCGGGGAGCCCAUACAGACCGUAGAGUCCGUCCGAGUUCCUGGGAAGGGAAACAGAGGACAUGGGCGUGAGGCUUCAAGGGUGGGUUGGUUUGAUCUGAGCGCCUCAGGCAGCUCUUUUGACAAUGGCCCCUCAAGUGCCUCUGAGUUGGCAUCCCUUGGGGGUGGGGGCAGCGGAGGCCUCACUGGCUUUAAAGCAGCACCAUACAAGGAACGGGCACCCCAAUUUCAGGAAAGUGUCGGCAGCUUUCGUUCCAACAGUUUCAACUCAACAUUUGAGCAUCAUCUUCCCCCAUCCCCCUUGGAACAUGGGACACCCUUCCAAAGAGAGGCAGUGGGGCCGUCAUCUGCCCCGCCCGCCCCUCCUAAGGAUCGUGGUGGUGUCUUCUCUCGAGAAGCACCCGCUCAUCUGCCCUCUGUGGAUCUUUCGAACCCCUUCACAAAGGAGGCCGCCUUGGCCCAUGCUGCCCCGCCCCCCACUCCUGGAGAGCACAGCGGAGUUCCUUUCCCCACCCCACCCCCUCCAGCCCCUGGGGAGCAUAGCAGCAGUGGUGGGAGUGGUGUCCCCUUUUCUACUCCACCCCCACCUCCCCCUGUUGACCACUCUGGGGUUGUACCCUUCCCAGCCCCACCACUGGCAGAGCACGGAGUGGCAGGAGCAGUGGCAGUAUUUCCCAAGGACCAUAGUUCUCUCCUUCAAGGGACCUUGGCUGAUCAUUUUGGGGUGCUCCCUGGACCCAGGGACCACGGGGGCCCCACCCAACGGGACCUCAACGGCCCUGGCCUUAGCCGUGUACGUGAGAGCCUGAGCCUACCCUCCCAUUCUCUGGAGCACCUGGGCCCAGCCCAUGGAGGAGGUGGGGGAGGCAGCAACGGCAGCGGCGGCCUCCCCUUGGGCCCCUCCCACAGAGACAUCGUCAGCCGGAGUGGUAUGGUUUUGCGGAACCCCCGGCCAGACUUUCGGCCUAGGGAACCUUUUCUCGGCAGAGACCCGUUCCACAGUUUAAAGAGACCCAGGCCACCUUUUGUUAGGGGCCCUCCGUUCUUUGCACCAAAACGCCCAUUCUUCCCUCCCAGGUACUGAUGGAGACCAAGGGAAAGGCAUUUUGAACAGUCGAGAGAGCAUUGGAAGUAGGAGUUUGGUUUAUUGUUUGUUUUUCCUCCUUUGAUUUAUUUUUCUAUGACCAAGGGCCUCCCUUCCAAAGUAAAAAGUCGUACAUAUAUGCUUACAUUUCACUAUUCCAUCCAGUCCUCCCUCCCACGGCACUUACCUACCUACCUUCCCCGAGUUGUUUGAAUUUUAGGGGGUGGAGGGGAGCAGGCAAAGGAACACAACCAAAGCCGCUUCCUUUGGCUGGGAGUUUGAGGGACGGGAAGAAAAACAAAUCUGCUAUUACCCCAUCUAUUGAAGAGUAUUACUGCGUUUGAAAUAAAACUUCCACCAGAACAGAUAAUAAUGUGCAAUGUUGGGAUGUUAUUUUGGGUUUGGCUUAUCAGUAGUCAAUGGAAGGGUUCCUGCCCCCUUCUCUCUGCAGCUACCCUAACUGCUGUAACCAGGGGCUCCUUCCUUGUGGCUCUGUGCCCUGCUGACAGCCGGGAGAUGUUGCAAGGGAGGAAAUGUGGGAGAGCUCAGCGCUGUCAUUGCUGUUCUGCUUUGUUUGUUUCGAAAGGCGGGUGGAAGUUGAGCUCUUUACCUUUCUCCUCAAAUCUUAAUUUAACAACCACACAAAAGGCAGCCUUUCCAUAGCACUGUCAGGCCGUACCUGAGGAGUGCUCUUCUGUCCUAGUAAACGUUUUUCCUCUUUGUUUUUGGAAUGGAACAGAGCAGGCUUUUGAGGUUAAAAUACGGAGUAACUACAAUAGAGAGUUAGAGAAGGGGACUAUUAACAGUGUGAUGUGACCUGCCCAUCCUUCAUAAACGAGAGAGUGGAAACCGUUUUUGAGAUAGUUCCGCUCCUCUGACACCCAGCUCUUCCUGCUUUUCUUGCUUGGCUUUCUCAGCUUCGCUCUGCUGUGGCCAGAAAGUCGCUCCAGUUGACAGUGGUUACAGGGGUGGGACUGUGCUAUCGUCCCUGUGUUUUUUUCAUGUAAGAAGUAGACAUUUUUUACCCUGGUGCCUCCCUAACGUAAGUGAUACUUGUUGGCAUAUUUCAGCAAAGGUUAACUACCAGGGAGAGGGGAUUGUCUUUAUCUUUCCUUUCCCCUUGCCGUGCUCCUGUAUUCACCCCAUUCUUGGUAUUUAUUUCAAAGAAGGUUCAACAGCAUCAUUCUUUAUAUUACACCUCUUCAGAUGUGUCCUAGUAACAAGUGAGCAUUACUAGACAUAUUUUUACAGAGGAAACUGGAGGACAUGGAAAUCCAAAUUUACCCCACUCCACAGUAGCUGCCCAUCACAUAUCAAGGCUCCAGCCUUAUCCUCACUUCCCACUCCCAGUAGGAAAUAAAGGAUGUUUCUGCUCUUAGUCAUUUCACACAGAAAGUUCUCCCUGAACUGAAAGGCUUCUUAUUUGUGUUUCUACAGAGUACUGGGGGAUAGACAAUCACAGCACUUUGUGUGUUUCUAACUUUAUAUUUUAGGGACAUUGAAAAGCAAAUGUUGCGUUACUAUUUGUUAUUUAGUGUCUUAUCCUAAGGUACACACACGGGUAAACUCCAGCUAGAUGAGUAAAACAAUAUGAGUGUUUUAGAGAAUCCUAGUAAAUUUCCUAUUUUCUUCCAGGUUAGUAUAGAACUACAGGAAGUGGGAUUGCUUUGGAUUCCUGCAGUGAAACCUCAAAGGUGGGGGAGAAGACAAUGUAGUGACAGAACGUGAUGCUUUGUCUCAAAAUAAACUUGCUUUUCAGAUAAAGAACAGCUUAAGCCAGGUGUGUCAUAGUUUGGGGGUUCUCUGUAAGUUAUUCCAUGUUAUUUAUUUGGGCUCGCUAUGUGUCCUGUGGUUAGGGUGCUGCAAGUCAUUCAUCUCCCUAAUGCAUUUCUGGUCCCAGGCCAACUAACUGUUCUUUCUUCCUUUGACCCUCUCAAGCCUCUCUGCCCUGUGGCUCUCCCACACCAAAAAUGCAUGGUAUCAUGACCUUGUGUGUGGGAUGGGGUAUAUAGUGUAGCCAAGCAAAGAAACAGUAUAGUUACAUUGAGUCCUCAGACAUUUGUUUAGGAAAAUGUAUAAGUAGGGCAGUGAGGGUGGGGAGGGGGAGUUCUAUUUGACUCAACUGAAAUAGAAUUUUUUUUUUUUUUGGCAGAAAUUAAGGGGGAUGUUUUUCAUUCUAGAAUAAAAGAAUGUGAAUUCUUUCUGCUGCUCUUGUUUAAGCUAAAAGUAGUGUUUACUUGAAAAGGCUCUCUGACCAUUUGGUUUUAUAAGAAAAUAUGGAGAUGUCAGGACAGUGGCCUCCUGAAUGUGGGGGCAGAGAAAUUGUCCUCAGAAGUGUGAUGGCUAAGACAUGAAAGGAAGACCGUGUACAGUUUUAAAGAUGGACUUUUAAGGGCUGGCUUUCUUUUGUGGGCUGUUUUGUUUUUAAGCCACAAAAUCCUCCAAGCGCUUGUUUAGGAUGGAAGUGAGGAUUUGUGUGACUUUGAGUUGUUCACUUUAAGGAACUCUUGUCUACAGCAGUAAAUGAAGACGACAAUGUACAUAUGUGAUAUAGUGAAACAAAAGACAAUUCUGGUAUUCAUAACAUGAAACAAAGGGGUUUUAUUCUUUCUGUGUCUGUGAUUUAAAACUCCGUGCCCAUGCUCUGACUUUUGUAUUUCAACCUGAGUUUAAAAAAAUAAACAAGAUAUUUUUUAAAGAAAGCAUAACAUAGUGUGUCUUGGAAAGGACAUGAUUCACAGGAAAGCAGACUAUGCGAAGUUGUUACUAAGGUCUUUGGUGCUCACUGUAAAAAUCACAGACAGAGAAUUAGUGGGGAUUGUGAAUACACUGGUACCACCUAAAACUCUGAUACAGCGUCAGAAAUGAGAGUCCUUAAGUAGUUUGUAAGUUUACUCUUCAGUGAGCUUAGAGGGAAGCUCUCCCUGCUUCUGCCCGCCCAGAUGUUGAGAGUAAGUAGAAUUCGGUUUGAUUCCAGGGAGGGUAAAAUGAUCAGAGAGUAGGACUUUUAUCCUUUCCAAGCCCAGAGAUACAAUGUUUGUGAUAUAUAUGGUACAGCAAACCUAUCUAGAUAAUGUGAAUAUGCUAGACUUCCUAAUUGCAGAAUAUUCACUAUUUCCUGAAAUUACUGGUUCAUGCAGAAUUAAGCUUCAGCUGUUAUUGUUUUGAAGCCGCUGUAAAUUACUGCUUUCCCCCCUUUUUCCUCCCCUCCCCUUUUUUGAAUGGGCGGGGGUGCCUGUUAAAAUUAGAGAUGUUCUAUGAUAUUCUCACGUGUUCAGUGUGGAAAACAAAACAAGUACAUGCUUUAGAGGCAACAUGGAAACCCUUUUGAAAUGUGUAUUAUCACUUAAUAAAAUAACUAGUUCUCGAGGUUUGACACUUUUCUUUGAGAUUUGGGGCUUCAACCAAGGGCCUCUGGCUUCUCUGGUGAGUGCAGAGAGUAGGAAACUUCUCCAGGAGCUGAAGGAGCUGCUUUGUGGCGAAGGCCGGUCCUUGGAAUAUCUACAUUUUCUCCAGCAAAGGCCCUACAUGACUGUCCAGGGCUGAAGGUGAAACCAACUACAGAAUGCUAAAAGAAAAGCCUGGAUACCUCUCUGAAGAUAUGAUUGGAUUGGCUUUGGUCUAAGUGUGUGGGGAAAGGAUGGUUGGUGUGCCUGCACCCUUCGGAGGCUCACACAGAUACCGCAGACCACCCGUCUCGUCCCUUCCUGUGACCAUGUGCACCUUCCUCUUCCAGCCAUUCCUUUCUUUUUUUAAGUCUGUUUGUCUCCAAUAUUACGUUUUUGUUUUCCAGUUUAAUAAAGUAUGGCUUCCUUUGUGGUG